AAACCUGCAGCCGCUGCAGCAGCCCUGCGCCACCGGGAGGGUGCCGUCAGUUUGGGGCCUCGGCUUGGGGUGGGUCGGCACGGCAGCCCCUCCCCAGCCGCUUAAAGAGACCUCUCUCUCUCCCCCCCCCACACACACACCCUCCCCGCGAAUUGGCUGUGGUGCCUUUAAAGGAAGGGGGGCGGCGGUGCGAGCAGCAGCAGCGGCAGCUCUUCCAGCGCUUGGACGGGAGCCUCCGUCAGGCCGGGGAUCGAGACGCAGCUUCUCCGCUGGAGACGGCGCGCAAGCGGCAAGGAGAAGCUUAACGGGGAGGCGCUGCGCUCGACGGCAUUGAGAGGCGAUGGCGACCGACCCGCCGCCGCCAACGCCGCCGCGCCCAGUUGGAUUGCACCACUUUGGCUGCCAGUGGCUCAUGGAAGGCAUCGACUCAGUGGACAGCUCUGAUGAUGAAUUCUUCGAUGCACGAGAGGAGGUGGCCGAAGGGAAGAAUGCCAUCCUUCUGGGGAUGAGUCAGUGGAAUUCCAAUGACUUGGUGGAGCAGAUCGAGACAAUUGGAAAGCUGGAUGAAAAUCAAGGUGAAGACCCCACUUUUUGCUCAUCCGGUAUUCUACAUGAAAAACAACGGGAGUUGUACAGAGCCUCUCUGAGGAAACAUCGCUAUCCUGCACAGGGCAGCAUUGAAAUCCAUGAGGACACUGAGGAAGGAAGUCAGUUGCGCAACUGCAGAACACGUGUCCUGAUUCUCGUCCUUCAUGGGGGCAACAUCCUAGAUACAGGAGCAGGGGAGCCUAGCAGCAAGAUGGCUGACGUCAACACCUUCACCUCUGUAUUUGAGAAAGUGACCCAGGCCCACUUCCCUUCCUCACUCGGCCAUAUUGUAAUCAGACUUGUUCCCUGUCCAGCCGUCUGCUCUGAAGCCUUCUCCCUCAUGGCAAACCUGAAUCCUUACAGUUAUGAUGAGACAUCUCUAAGUAGCAGUGAAGAUCACAUCCCGCUGGCCGCCUUGCCCUUGUUGGCGAUCUCUUCUCCUCAGUACCAGAAUGCGGUUGCCAUGGUGAUCAGCAGAGCCAACCAAGUUUAUAAUGAAUUUCUUGGAUCUCCUGAUGGGGCAGGCUUUAAUGGGCAGGUGUGCCUUGUGGGGGACUGUGUAGGAGGAAUGUUGGGCUUUGAUGCCAUUUGCUAUAGCACAGGACUAGCAGAUGAAAGCCAACUCAGCAGCAGAAGAGGCAGCAGCAGCAGUGUUCAGGAUAAACCUGUUUCAGCUGAAGAUUCAAAUCUAGAAGACCUCAAGCGCCUCAGCAAAAGUAAUAUUGAUAUCUCAGGAAUAAUGGAGAAUGAAGAGCCCAGACAACCAUUGCCUCGGAAACAAAGUGACUGCUCCAACUAUGACUGUGAUAGCAUAACAAACCAUCAUGCUUUCCUAUCCAGCAUCCACUCAACGAUGUUGAAUGAAGAUGCAGAGUUUCCCCCAACAAACACUUCAAGCACGUUGGAUGUUAAUUUGGGGCGAUUUGAAUUUGAAGUGUCUGAUUUCUUCCUCUUUGGUUCACCUCUCGGUUUGGUGCUGGCUAUGCGGAGGACAGUCCUGCCCAGUCUGGAAGUCUGCCAAGUACAUCCAGCCUGCAGUCAAGUUUACAGCCUCUUCCACUCAGCUGACCCUUCCGCCUCCAGACUGGAGCCAUUAUUAGAGAAUAAAUUCCAUCUUCUGCCUCCCUGUACCGUACCAAGGUACCAGAGAUAUCCCUUGGGAGAUGGAAGAUCCCACCUCUUAGCUGAUACACUCCAGUAUCAUAGCAGCCUGUUUGCUGAAGACAGUUCUGCAAAGUCAUCCUUCAUGCAAGAGACUUUAGCACUUCCCAAUGCUGUACAAGGGAAAAUGCGAAGAGGGAGCCUGGGCAGCAGCAACAGUGAGAGCUCUGGGUCAACAGAGAGCUUAUUGUCCAGCAACAUAGCAAACAUAACUUCCAAAUGGUGGGGAGCCAAGCGAAUAGAUUAUGUUUUGUAUUGUCCGGAUGUCCUCACAGCCUUUCCUACAGUGGCUUUGCCACAUCUCUUCCAUGCCAGCUACUGGGAAUCAACAGAUGUGAUUGCUUUCAUUCUGAGACAGGUGAUGAGAUUUGAAACCAUCAAUGUCAAGGAAAGCAACAGUUUGGAUCCAGUGACUCUCAGCCCUUCAAAUCCCCGAGAGAAAUGGCUGCGCAAAAGAACCCAAGUCAAGCUAAGGAAUGUAACUUCAAACCACAGAUCGAAUGAUGUCAUUGUUGCAGAAGAUGGCCCUCAGUUGCUAGUUGGCCGGUUCAUGUAUGGACCACUUGACAUGGUGGCUUUAACAGGAGAAAAGGUUGACAUCUUCAUUGUGACCGAACCUUCCUCUGGACGUUGGGUCUAUUUUGAUACAGAAAUCACCAAUAGUAGUGGUAGAAUCUCAUACAACGUCCCCAAAGACAAAAGACUUGCUGUUGGCGUCUAUCCUAUUAAAAUGGUAGUCAGGGGAGAUCAGAGUAGUGCCAUAAGCUACUUGACUGUCCUUCCUCGAGGAAUGGAGUGUGUCGUCUUCAGCAUUGAUGGGUCCUUUGCUGCCAGCGUCUCCAUCAUGGGCAGUGACCCUAAAGUCAGAGCCGGAGCAGUUGAUGUUGUCAGGCAUUGGCAAGAUCUUGGCUACCUGAUUAUCUAUAUCACAGGACGUCCCGACAUGCAGAAGCAACGUGUUGUCUCUUGGCUGUCUCAGCACAACUUCCCUCAAGGAAUGAUUUUCUUCUCUGAUGGUCUUGUCCAUGAUCCUUUAAGGCAGAAAACCAUUUUUCUCCGGAAUCUUGUGCAAGAGUGCCACAUCAAAAUUUGUGCUGCAUAUGGCUCCAUGAAGGACAUUUCUGUGUAUAAUGUCCUGGGUCUUUCCCCCUCUCAGAUUUACAUUGUUGGACGACCAGCAAAGAAAUAUCAGACUCUGUGCCAGUUUAUCAGCGAAGGUUAUGCAGCCCACUUGGCUUCCCUGGAGUUCAGCCUCCGUUCCCGGCCUAAGAAGAACAACUCCCGCAUGAUCCUAAGGAAAGGCAGCUUUGGUCUUCAUUCUCAACCUGAUUUCCUGCGCAAGAGGAAUCACCUCCGGAGAACUAUGUCUGUCCAGCAGCCUGACCCACCAUCCUUGACCCCCAAGCCAGAGCGUGCCCAAAGCCAGCCCGAGUCAGAUAAAGACCAUGACCGGCAUCUGCCCUCCAUAGUGUGGAUGAGAGGGGGGGUUCAUAAGUUUGAGUCUGUCCCAUAACAAGAGCUGGGAUUGCACCACCAGGCCUCUGGCAUCCCGCAAAGAGCUUGUAGGCAUUUGCUCUUUGAGUUGCACUUGGCAGCUUCAUGGUUCAAAGUGAUGGAGAGGAUUGGAAUUCACAAAGCUCUGGCAGCUUCUGUCUCCCCAGGGGAACUUUCUGUUCGUUCCUCUUGUUUGUAUCCACUCAUGAAACAUUGAAAGUAGAGAAAACGAUUUGUACCAACCGCAAUCUCUUGCGGGGUGACACUGGACAGGAAAAUGAGCUUGUGUCUUAAUGUUUACUUCGUAACAAAAAUGUGCAAUAAAGCAGAGCGGGGAAGCUCCAGCUUAACUCAGUGAGAAAGGGCCUCACUGACAGCAACCACAUCUGCUUCUCGAAAAGGCAGCCUUCUGAUGUGGCAGCAGCAACAUCUGCAGUUCUUAGGGCAAAUGAGAAUCAAAGGGAGGAGCCCGUAGCUGUGCACUGGGGAAUCUCUUGGGUGCCUUAAGCCCAAUAUCUUUUCAUCCAGACAGCUCUUAUCACUGGCUCAUCACCAGAGUAGGUCUCAAUUUUACUUAUUUAUCAGAGACUUCAAUAGAGGCAACACAUGAACAUGGAAACCAGUGGUGAAAAAAUUGAACCCUGGAUUCAAUGUAGGCCUACUGUUUUUUAGAUGUGGCACCCAUCUUCUGUGGCCACACAAUAGCAUUUUUUGCUAUUUUUGCAGAAAACCAUAACUUCUAAAGAGACUAAAGGGAUUGUCUGCAUCCUUCUGCCACCAUCAUCAUAAUCCCACUGAAGCAAUCUUCACUCCUGCUACUCACAGAGUCCUAUCCUAUGUGUUGAAUACAUUGUUGAGCUUCAAGAGACAAAUUUUCUGUGCCAUAUCUCCAGUGCUUUAAGAGAUCCAUCUGUUGCCAUUUCUGAAUAAAAUAUGUAUCCCAAAUACUCAGUGAUAAGGUAUCGGUUUUCCAUAGGAAAGGAUCCCAUGACAAAACCUGAUAUCUCCAGUUAGGGCUGGUAAAUCCUAGUCAAUUUAGAUAUAAAAUGAGUUAAUAAACUAGUGAACUGAUUCAAAAUAAGGGAGUUUAUUUUGUUCCUAUAAGGUAAAUACAUAUGCAAUAGCAUACAUGCUUUUCAGGAGUCUCUCACCUGUUUUUCCCACCAUCAGAUGCAGUGUAACUAUAGAAAAUACACAGUAAAUGAAACUUCCAUGCAACGCUUGAGAAAGAGACUGAGAACUCUGUUCUGGGCCCUAUCCACCUGACCUUGGUAGAAUUUGAGCAACCCCAGUCAAGCAUUACCCCAUCACAAGAAUGAGCCAUGGUGGCACAGUGGUUAGAGUGCAGUACUGCAGGCUACUUCUGCUGAUCACCGGCUGCCAGCAGUUUGGCAGAUCGAAUCUCACCAGGCUCAAGGUUGACUCAGCCUUCCAUCCUUCCUCCGAGGUGGGUAAAAUGAGGACCCAGAUUGUUGGGGGCAAUAAGCUGACUCUGUAAACCGCUUAGAGAAGGCUGAAAAGCACUGUAAAGAGGUAUAUAAAUUUACAGUAAAUGCUAUUGCUAUUCCUAUCACAAGAACGGCAGAAGAACAGCAAAGGGAAUGAGUCAUGAGACAGCAAAUUAUAUUGUACUACUAAGUAUUGGAGUAGAGUACAGUAGCCCAUAUUUUAUAGCAGAAAUAAUAGGCAAAACAUGUCUAUCAUCAGUUCUUAGGAUUGACCAGACAAGAUAACAGCAUUCAAGAAUCUUACCCAUCAAUAGAUUGAGCUUUUUAUCUUUAUGUGAAGUAUAUCAAAGAUGGAUAUUAGAAAGCAGAUGGUGCCUACGAUAAUGAAAGGAGAAUGAAAUAUGGCAAAUUGCUUCAUAGCUUAAUUGCUGUACAAUCCUGAGAUUAACUAUUUCCUUGCCUUUAAUAAUUCUGCUUCAGGUAAUACAACAGUAUACCUUUCCUAAGCUGCAGCAACAAAAUUUCCUCAGACAGUUAAGGGCUUUGUAAAAAAAAAUUAGCUGUCAGUGUCUCAUAGCUAAUGCAAUCUUGAUUUUUCCUGUAUCUUCAAAGCCUUUUCUCCCUAUGGGCAUCUGCACCAGUUGCAUUAUUCUCUUUUCAUAAUGAUUUCUGUUGCAAUUGCUCUUCAGAGAUUUUGGAUCACUCUUGAAUCUACAUCUGUUUGGCAGCCUAAGACUGCUAGUUCCAUCUCUGCCUGAUAACCAUUUCUUCUUCUUCUCCUGUAGUCUUAGUCUCCAACAAUACUAACUUUUUACCAGCCUCUUAGCCCCCUUUGGCUUCUUUUCCCCAUAGGACACUAUAUUUUCAAACUAUCUGCUUCCCCAAUUCUUCUCAGACUCAGGUUAUCGACUUGAAAUACAGAUGGAGUAUCCAGAUAAUUAUAUGACAGGAUGACAGACGGGGACAUUUUUAACCUUUUCAAAUGUGGGUUGAUUCUGAGCAUCAGACACAUUUAAUAACAUCUCUUGCUUCUUCCGAUGUUCAAAUGGUCUCCUCCUUAUUCUGCCAUAGUUAUACAUUAGUUUCCCAAGAGAAUAUCCAUAAAUCGGAAGCUGCUUUCUGAUUGAGUGUACUAUUUAACCUUCAUGAUUUUGACAACACGGGACCACAACUCUACUAUUUCCAGCCAAGUGUGCAUCACAUUGGUCCAUUUAUCUAUCAUAUGCUGAACAGCAAAGAUGACGAAAGAAAAGAAGCAGGCAAUGAAACUGAAACACCAACCUUCCAAGUUGUUGACCUUGAUUGAUUUUUGAAUACAGAAAGGGCAGUUGUUCUCUUUUUGGCUCUCUUAUCUCACCACAACACUCAAAAGCUUUGAAUCUCUUACUGUGCUGUUCCUUCAUUUUAUCUCUUGUUCUCCUUCAUAUAAAGAAUGCUUCUUUAAUCAUUCUUUUUAUUGGCCUUUUUCUGGUUCUUGCAUAGAUAGGGAUAGCAUAUCUGCCAGAAUUGUUAAACUGCUCAAGUUCAUACAGUACAUGGUUUUGAUUGAUAAUAACUGCAUAUCCUCAAGUUGGUAGGUAGUGCUAAAAUGGGUAAUUGGUGAUUCAGGCCUUUGUGAGAAUCCAGCCAUUAGUUUAACAAGUGGUGAGAAUUUGACCAUAAUGUUAACAUGGUUUCUUUCUUUAGGUAUAGUAAUGUCUCAAGGUAGUGUUUUUGUAAGCUGCGUUUAGUGGUUUUAGUAAACCCAGUGAAUAAUAAGCAUCCCUUACACCAAGAUUGAAUCAGAUAGCAUGGGCUUAAAAACUAAAUUAGAUGUAAUCUAGCGAGUAAAUUUGCUAUUUUUAAAAAAGAGAUAGGCAUAGGCCAUCUUCUCCAAGCAAUUGAGGAUGCAUCUUGGGAAACAGAGAGGCACUUUCCCUUUGUCCAGGGGCCUGGACUAAUAUAAAUGCUUCUACAUGACUUAACUGACAUCACAUCUAGUUAAUGAAGCAAGUUAAGGUUGAAGAAGAAUUCCCAAUCAUAUUUUGCAACAGUGCAUUAUGGGUGACAUUAUUGAGAGAUUUUGCUACCACCCUACCUGGAGAAAAAUAGAGUGUCCUCAGGGUGUUGUAACAGAGUCCUAUAUACCAGAUAAUUCAGAGUUAAACACAUCAACUUUAGCUCAUGGUUACAGUAAGGGACUACAUCCCCCAAACUGUAUGCUUGAAUGUGUUGUAAUCCUCCAUGUUUGUAGGAAUGGGACAGAAUAAUUGCAUCUCGAUAUGUGGAAAAUCCAUAAAGUGCAAACAGGUUUGUAACUCAAUUUAAAUAUAACAUGUUAGAAGAAAUGGUUUUGUAAGGUCAGAUCUAUUGGCACCUGAGAGAUUUUAGCAAAACAAAUUUGUUGGCCCUAGGAUUAUCUGCUGGUAUUCUUAAAGUACUGUUUAUUUAAAAAUACACUCUUCUCUUAAUUCAUCUCAGACCUCCACAUUUAAUAAUGCUUCUCCAUCCACUGACUUAAUUAUUGCCUCAGUAACUACUUCCAGGCUAUUUAUGUGACUCAACAUACUGUAAGCUUUGCUAUCUAAAAGUGGGACAAACAAGAAUGUUCAGACAUGACAAUUUAGGAAUCUCUACCAAAGAGUUCCCUGUAGUCUCAUUUUAGGCUUGAAGCUUUAAAAUAUGGAAAUGCUGGCACUAAAACCAAGAAUGUAUUGUGUUGGCUGACAUUUUCCAUUCCCAUGUGGGCUGCACCCACAUCCUGUUACUUUUCGCUGUAGUUUUAUAGGAGAGUACCGUGUUUUUCUGAUGCUUCAGAAUUCACCUGGAAAAAAAUGAAGACUGGAACAAGCAACUAGACAACAUAGAUAGGAAAGGUUGCUUAAACAAGGUUAUGUUCUGUUUCGUUGGAAGCAAAUAGCAUCAAGUGCAUUCAGAUGGGAAAUUCGUAGGAAAACUGAAGAUCUGGAUAAUUCUAAAACAUUACAGUCAAGAAGAAGGAACACUUGUGGACUAUCUUGGAAUAGCAGUCUUGGUAUUGGGAUAAAUGGAUGUUUGAACCUACAUGUUAGGACUGAUCCUAACUAGGAUUGAUCACUUUGUGGGUCUUGGAUUCAAUCUGUGAGGAAUGAUCUGUUGGAUUCCCCAAAGUUACUUCCAUCUACCAGUGUGUCUCUUUCUGAAGAUAAAUAGAAAGGAGUAUCCAGUUAACCAAUGCAUCAUCUUCUUUCUCCCCAUCCAGGACUGGGACAACCUUAAUGUUCUUAAAUGCCUUGUUAACAGUUCCCUUUAUGCUGCUCCCUCAUAUUUAAGAACUUGUUCUUUAAAAAAAAAAAGCCAGUGAAUAACAAUGGUGGCUUGUUAAAAUGUGUGUUGUUACGAGGCGACAUGUACAUAUAUGGUUGUGCUGUGUGUGCGCAUACAUGUGUGUACAGUGUUUCACAUCAGUGCCAUUGCUAACUUUGCAUAGCAGAAGUUAACUUUUAUAUUACAUGUUUUGUUCAAGGUUUGGCUGUUUCGUUGUAGCAUUGUGAAAAGACCUUCGACUCCGUUCCAGGUAUGAGUAGCAUUGUUCAUACAAAUCUGAGCUUUCACAUUUAAGUAGCACUAAAGGAAAUGUUGGGCUGGUGGCCUCUGCUGCUUGAUCCACAUAUUCUGUGGUGUGUCUUUUUUCUGAAGUAGUCUUUGAGUCCUCUUGAAUGUUCAAAGAUAAGAGGUUUCUUCUCAUUCAUUGGCAUUUACAGAUCAACUCUUAUUUUUUAUGACCUCACUAGGUGGAAAACCACAUCAUUCACCCCAUCAUUUGAAUGCAGCAUCUUCUGUGUUGGACCAAGGUGGCGAGGGAGGGAGGGAGAAGAAGAAUGGAAAAUGAUAUUCAAAGGAGGCUAGAUGUGAGUUUUGCCUUUUUUCUACACAAGGCACUUGUGCCUUGCAGUGUCUCCUGUCAAUUACCAGAACCAUUAUUGGAAGUGGUGAAUAUCUUCUACAAAGGGAUCCUCUUGCAAAGUAAGACAAAACAGUUUUGCAACAAUAUCAGGUAGCAAUGCAGGUUGAUUAAGGGUCAUUUGAAGGCUGAAAGUUGAGCUCAUAAAAGCUCAAUGCUGGUAGAGAUUAACUAUUUCACAUUUUUUUUCUGCUCCCAUGGCGUGCACUGAUUAUUACUGUCUCCUAUAUUUGCCAAUAGAAUGAAUCCUUCAGACAGCAAAAUGCUAAACACACAGUUUCUCCUAUUCCUGUUGUAAAGCUGGAACACAUUUGGUCCCUAAAUUUCUUCAUCACAAACAGGUAGAUGAAUUUCCAAAUUCUAAAGGGUUCUGCAACCUUCCAAAGAACCAAAUUCCCCAGAAAGCAGGAUAAAAACCAUUUGUGCACCAUAUUUGAUAUCAUUUGCUGUUCAAAAUGUUUAAUAUUAAUCUGCAAAAGUAUUUAAUACUUCUUUUUAUUUUUUAAAAAAAUUAACUUGGAAAGAUGACAUGAGGUCGUUGGCUUAUUACAGUGUUUCCCUGAAAAUAAGACCCUGUCUUAUAUUUUUUUUGAACCCUGAAAUAAGCGCUUGGCCUUAUUGCCAUGAGCUCAAAAGCCCAAUUGGGUUUAUUAUCAGGGGAUGUCUUAUUUUGGGGGAAACAGGGUAGACUUCAUGUUAAAAAGGCCCAAAUCAAAAUAAUCUGAGGCACUAAUAAUCCUAAAUAUUUUCAUAUUUUUAUUUUUUGAGAUGAAAUUUCCAUUGGCGAGGCCAGGUAUGCUGAUUCAUCUCUAGACAAGAUUUGUACAAAUCUUGGUUUAGUCAGUAGACACAGCUGAGCAAAAGAGACCCCUUUUGAAGUAUGGAGAAAUCAAUGCUUAUUUACAAGAUUCCAUUUUUUCCCCGGCCACCUUUCCAAAUCAACAUAUAUUAGCCUGUUUUCUUACAGCCUUGGGAGAUAUAGUGACAUAGUUAUUCUUCCAGGAACUCUGGCUUCCUGCCUUAUCAGUGUUACUCUUUACAUCCAUAAUUAUAAAAUACAAAACAGCUUUGAUCUUUCUCCAUCGAGAGGUGAAAUGGCAAAAUUAAAAACCCGUUCUUGUUUUCUGGGUUAAUUAUGAAUAUUGAGUUCAGAUCUAGUUAUCAGCGCUUCCAAAUGUGAUUUAAUCAUUGGAUUGGUUCUGUGUACUACAAAUAAGCUACUUUCAAGGCGUUUUAGGUUCUCAGCCCUGGGAUUCCUAGAGUAGACCAUGCUUCCCUGAAUUGGCCUCAAGAUGUUGUUUUCAAACUCAAGAUUUGUAUGGCUCUGUGGCUCUUGGAAAACACUUUAGGGUGAGAUUUAGAGAUCAAUGGAAUAGUUGAAGGGUGUAAUUGGAAAGACUGAGGUACUUCAAGAAUUAAUCUUUGAAUUGGUAAAUGUAGAGCAAGUAUGAACAAUACAGAGGAUUAUCAAGUAUAUAAUGAUGAUGGAUAGCCAGCUAAAUAUUUAUGGAACAGCAGAGACUACGGAAAAAGGAAAUAAUUCUACUCUGCCUCUCAAAGCAGCACACCAAAUUGGCCUUGUUAUUUAUUAUAUUUGGAGUUUUGUUUUUUUAAAACAGCUUGGAUUUGAAGGCUGCCAUAUAUUUAUACUUUUAUUUCUAUGAUUAUUUUAUUUAUGUAUCCAAUUUGGAGAUUACCCAUUUCCUUCACUGAAUGACUUUUUAACACUGAGAUGCCAAAGAAUGUGAGCUUUGAACUGAAAAAUUGUUUGUUACGAGUCUACAUAUGAGAAUAUGUGGUAUUUUGAAUUUUGGAUAACUUCCAGCAGCAGAGAGAGAGGUUGUCAGAAUAUUUUAAUCACAUAACCAUUUCCAGUGUACAGCUAAUGAAUUUCUUACAGAGAAGCUUAAAAAGAUGAUCGGGGGAGGGGCGGAAGUGUUAAUGUUUUUCCAAAUGCUAUUUUAUUUUAUUUUAUUUUCAGCUGGUUUUUAAAAUCUUCUAACAUAACGUGACUUAAUGUCAAGUAUCGCACUUUCUUUGCCUUUCAGUAUGUAUCUUUUUAAAUUCUUUCUUUGAUGUGGGAAUAUUUUUCUGUUACUCGGACCCACGAUUUCUGAUUAAUUGUUUUAACACUCAGUUUUAACACUCUGAUGAAAUAAAGCACCAGACCUUCUUGUUUGAGACUAGUGAUUCUUACUGUUUCCACGUGUGCAUCUUUGGUCCAUGCACAAAAAAAAAUGUAUCUAUUCCUACUCUAUACAUUCUACAAAUCCAUGACUGUACACAAGCAGAAGAGGAAAUAAAGCAAUGUAACUUCUAAA